UGCCGUUCGAAGCGAACCAAAAAUUUAUGAAUUCCGAAUUCAACAUCGUGAAAAUGGCUGCUUCAGAACAACUUACUCAUCGACUGAGAAGAUGCUUGUCUUGUUGCCUGUCCUCCUGCUACACCUCUUCCAUCCUCUCUUCGCCGCAGUAGAGGAGGUAGACCAGAAGACCAAGUCCUCGUUGGAAGAGGUGCUGAAGGUACGCAGCAGACUGCGAAUGGAUGGCGUCUCCCCGCUCAAAAUGUCCGCGCCCCAACGAAACGCCCUGCAGCAUAUGGCCAAGCACCCCCGCCUAGAGAUGGCAGAGGAAGCCCUGAGCUUGAUCUACCACGAACUGUUUGAAGCACCUUUCACCAAACACUCAAACGUCACCGAACUCAGGUAUCGCUCUUCUGAGCCGAGUGCCCGCCAGGCUUUCUUGAGUGAAGGUUUGGGUCAGAUCUCAGAGUGGAUGAUGCGGGUGGUGGAACGCUCCUUGGACGAGCUGCCCUCCUUGCCCCGCCUCGAGGCCCAGGAGUGUGUUAAGAGGAGUGUCUGCGAGGCACACAACCAGCCCAAAAAAUAUGGGCUCAUCGGGCUCAUUCUACAGCUGCUUUUCCCACCGUACACAAAGGCAGAAGAUGCCCAGAACGUAGUGUCCAAAUAUCAGCUAGCAGCAAGAUACGGACGCCAGUCGAAUGCCAACUGUGGAGUCCAAUAUGAUGGCUGCAUGCUCAACUUGCUGGACAUUGUGCAGGCGCUAGUAAAUGCCUUUGUCCGGUGAGAGGCAGAGAUCAAAACUUAGGAUGACCAAACAUUUUCCUAACUUUUCAAGUGAUUUUGAAACGAAUCAUUCCGACUGACAAGUUUUUUUUUUUGUGGUUUUCUUCAGACACUUGGCUAUAUCACUAAC